AUGGCGGCGGACAGCGAACCCGAGUCCGAGGUGUUCGAGAUCACGGACUUCACCACCGCCUCCGAGUGGGAGAGAUUUAUUUCAAGAAUAGAAGAAGUAUUGAAUGACUGGAAACUUAUUGGGAUUUCUUCAGGCAAACCUCUAGAAAAGGGUGUUUAUACCACAGGAGCAUGGGAAGAGAAAUCAGAUGAAAUCUCGUUUGCAGACUUCAAGUUCUCAGUUACCCAUCACUAUCUUGCACAAGGACCCAGUGAAAAAGAUGCGAAAGAAGAAUUGGUAGAAGAUGCCCUUCCUCUGCCUAUGCAGGACUUGCUGUCUGUGAACAAUGACUUUCCUCCCAGAGCGCACUGCCUGGUAAGAUGGUAUGGCUUACGUGAAUUUGUGGUUAUUGCUCCAGCAAAUAAUGAAGCUGUUCUUAGUGAAUCUAAAUGCAACCUGCUGCUGAGUUCAGUUUCCAUUGCUUUGGGAAACACUGGCUGUCAGGUACCACUAUUUGUGCAAAUACAUCAUAAGUGGCGACGAAUGUAUGUUGGAGAAUGCCAAGGUCCAGGAGUGCGAACUGACUUUGAAAUGGUUCAUCUUCGUAAAGUGCCAAAUCAGUAUACUCAUUUAUCAGGUUUACUAGAUGUCUUCAAAUCCAAGAUUGGGUGUCCAUUGACCCCACUGCCUCCUGUUAGCAUGGCUAUUCGGCUUACGUACGUGCUUCAAGACUGGCAACAGUAUUUCUGGCCCCAACAGCCACCAGACAUAGAUGCUCUGGUUGGAGGAGAAGUUGGAGGCCUUGAAUUUGGGAAGUUACCGUUUGGUGCCUGUGAGGAUCCCAUUAGUGAGCUCCAUUUAGCUACCACGUGGCCUCACCUAGCAGAAGGUAUAAUCGUUGAGAACGAUGUUUAUUCGGACCUUGAUCCUAUUCAAGCACCCCAGUGGUCCGUGCGAGUCAGAAAAGCAGAUAAUCCUCAGUGUCUAUUGGGUGAUUUUCUUACGGAGUUCUACAAGCUUUGUCGGCGGAAGGAGUCAACUGAGGAGAUACUUGGAAGAUCUGCAUUUGAAGAAGAAGGAAAAGAUGUUGCUGAUAUUACCCAUGCUUUGUCGAAGCUUACAGAGCCUGCACCAGUCCCAAUCCAUAAAUUAUCUGUUACAAAUAUGGUUCAUAGUGCAAAGAAAAAAAUUCGCAAGCACAGAGGUGUAGAUGAAUCGCCUUUAAAUAAUGAAGUUCUGAAUGCUAUUCUCCUGUUUUUAUUUCCUGAUGCUGCUGACAAACUCACAGAUGGAUCUGAAAGCAGAACUAGCAUUUCAACAGGAAACAAUCCCCCUCCAGAGAAUGAAGAUUAUAAUCUCUUCAGUCAGUUUAAAUCUGCCCCUUCCGAUAGUCUGACGUACAAACUAGCUCUGUGUCUUUGUAUGAUAAACUUCUACCAUGGAGGAGUAAAAGGAGUGGCACAUCUCUGGCAAGAAUUUGUGUUAGAAAUGCGCUAUAGAUGGGAGAACAACUACCUUAUUCCAGGAUUAGCUAGUGGACCUCCGGAUCUGAGAUGCUGUUUACUGCAUCAAAAACUUCAAAUGUUAAAUUGCUGCAUUGAAAGAAAGAAGGCAAGGGAUGAAGGGAGAAGAGGGAACGCAUCUGAUCGUUCCCCUGGGGCUUCUUCUGGUGAUGCUGGAAAAGGAGCUGACCACUCUAGAGAAAAUCCAAAGGAGACUGAUAAAGAAGUUGGCAAGUCCUGGGAAUCGUGGAGUGACAGUGAAGAAGAAUUUUUUGAAUGUCUGAGUGACACAGAAGAUCUGAAAGGAAAUGGGCAGGAAAAUGGAAAGAAAGGAGGAGCAAAAGAAGCCAGCAAAGAGUCUGUAAAUAUAAAACCAGAAGGUCGUCUACAUCCGCACGGAAAGUUGACGUUGCUUCAUCCAGGAGAGCCGCUCUACAUUCCAAUAACCCAGGAGCCAGCCCCCAUGACUGAAGAUUUGCUGGAAGAGCAGUCUGAGGUGCUGGCGAAGCUCGGMACGUCGGCAGAAGGCGCUCACCUUCGGGCCCGCAUGCAGAGCGCCUGCUUGCUCUCGGAUAUGGAGUCUUUUAAGGCAGCUAAUCCUGGUUGUUGCCUGGAGGAUUUUGUGAGGUGGUAUUCCCCACGGGAUUACAUCGAAGAGGAAGUGGUUGAUGAAAAGGGCAAUGUGGUAAUUAAGGGUGAGCUGAGCGCCCGAAUGAAGAUUCCCAGCAACAUGUGGGUAGAGGCCUGGGAGACAGCAAAGCCUGUCCCAGCCCGCAGGCAGAAGAGACUCUUUGAUGACACUAGAGAAGCAGAGAAGGUGCUUCACUAUCUUGCAGUUCAGAAACCAGCUGACCUUGCAAGGCAUCUUUUGCCUUGCAUCAUCCAUGCUGCUCUACUCAAGGUAAAGGAGGAAGAAACAGUAGAUGAUAUCUCUUCAGUUAAGAAGAUUAUUAAGCAGAUAAUAUCCCAUUCCAGUAAAGUUCUACGGUUCCCAAAUCCGGAGGACAAGAAAUUGGAAGAAAUCAUUGCUCAGAUCAUGAGUGUGGAAGCAAUCAUUGCCAGGGCCCGAUCUCUGAAAGCAAAAUUUGGGGUGGACAAAUGUGAAAAUGAAGAACAGAGAGAAGAUUUACAAAGAUUUGUCAACUCUCUCCUGGAGCAGCCAGAAGUGGCAGUUGUUGGUGCAGGAAGAGGACCUGCUGGUAGCAUCAUCCAUAAGCUGUUUGUGAACGCUCAGAGGCUGACUGAAUCUUCUGAUGAGGCGUCUGCAAUGGCCCCGCUCGAUGAAGAAGUGAGGAGGUCAGGCUCUGCAGACGAGCGCCGCCCCAGCGCAGGAGCCGKUUCGGACUUCCCGCCGCCCACAGGCCGUGAGGUGAUUUUACGCACGACCGUCCCGCGCCCGGCCCCUUACUCCAAGGCGCUGCCACAGCGCAUGUACAGCGUGCUCACCAAAGAGGACUUCCGCCUGGCGGGCGCCUUUUCGGCAGAUACGACCUUCUUCUGAGGGAGCUUGGCUGUUAUCUGGUGCGUCUUCACAAGUACGAAGUUGUUUUCCUUCAGGGAGGGAAGUCUAAAUUUAGACUGAUCCAGCUUGUGGUGAGGAGAAAACAGUGUUGUCAUUGGCGAUUGAGAAUAAUAUUCCCAAGAAUAGAGUGUAAUUGGUAUUUAAGAAGGAUGGCUGCAUCAACCUUAACUGGGAUGCUUAAAAUAGCUUCAGAAGGGCUUUUUAUCAGACUUCAGGAGAAGAAAAUUCARUCUUCUUUUCAACAGAGGGGAAAACUUCUUUUGCAUUAGCUUGUUAAAUGACAGACAUUAAUGGGCUUUAUGCAAAUAGUUCAUGUUCAAAUUUAUGCAGAUGUGCUGCUGUAGUUCCUAAUCAUCUUUCUAUAAUGUUACGUCUACUUGACAUGUAAACAUUAAAUAAGUUGUAUUUAUUGCUAUCACAUGAUUUGAGCUUUUUUUUUUUUUAAAUCUUGAUCUUGUUUAAAAUAUACAGUAAAUUCUAGCUUAGGCUAAACUUCUGUUACUGCAACAGUUGUCCAAAAUCUUCUUGUAUGUCUUGGACACUCUUCCCAAAUGCUGGAGUGUAUUUCUCAGCUGUAAUUGAAUACUAAGCCUAAUGUGCAAAUAGCCUUAAGUGAUCACAGACAAUUUUGAAUACUUUAUCUUCUCCCCUGCAUGCAAUGGCCAAAGCUUCAUGUAAAUUAUGUGUACAAAAGUGUUUUACUUUAAGUUACUGAUAUUUAUAGAGACUUUUUGAAAUGUGUAUUAUGUCUUUGA